UCACCGCCGGCAGGUUACCGGCUCGGGAUGUCCGGUAAAUGAAUAUAGAAAAUAUUAAAUAUUAUAUUUCUUGCGUAUUGUGUGGUUCUGGAUUGAGAGAGUGGAAGAAUUCAGUGUAUGGGGUUGUGGAAUUUAAUGGGGUUUAAUGGGUUUUACGAAGAUUCUUUAUUGAAUGUAUACAUGAAUUGAUUAUUGUGCUUGAGACAGAUGGGUUUCUGUUGUAGGUAUGAAUCAGUUCAAGCCCAUUUUUUUGGGUACUGUUGAUCCUAACACGUCUUUGAGCAAGCUCACCCGAGCUUGUAAUACUCAGAAAUGUAUUCGUGCUGGUGGGAAACACAAUGAUCUUGAUGACGUUGGAAAAGACACGUAUCACCAUACUUUCUUUGAGAUGCUUGGAAAUUGGUCAUUUGGGGAUUACUUUAAAAAGGAAGCCAUCACAUGGGCCUGGGAACUUCUUACUCAGAUUUAUAAGCUUCCCACAGAUCGAAUUUAUGCUACCUACUUCGGUGGAGAUGAGAAAGCUGGUCUUGCACCUGAUAAUGAGGCUAGGGACAUAUGGCUGAAGUUUUUGCCUGCUGAACGUGUCUUACCUUUUGGCUGCAAAACUUGUGAGUAUUGUGGUGAAAGUGAUGGGUGAUGUCUUCCCGGAGUUAAAACAACAUGAACUACGAAUUAGGGAGAUAAUUGCAGAGGAGGAAGCAUCUUUUGGGAAAACUUUACUAAAGGGAAUUGAGAAAUUUAAGAAGGCUGCUCAGGAUGUACAAGGAAAGAUAUUGAGUGGGCAGGGAGUUAUCACUAAACAAAUGACUGCAAUAGAAGAAAUGGUUGCAAGUGAGUACAAUUAGCCAGA